GGAAAAAAAAAUAUUUUCCAAAAACCCUUCUUCAAAGCGCAUAAACUCUUUUGUGGCUGCUGGCUACGUCAAAGCUUCUCUUAAACCUGUCUCACACUCUUCCGCUGUCCCCUCCCCCCAUAGUUUGAGCUUUUUUUCAGUCAGUUCGAUAACUAAGACACCUAAAUCGAGAUAACAUGGAGGCUAAGAAUGAGAACUCUGAUGUUUCACGGGCCGAGGAGAUGAAGAAUCAGGCCAAUGAAGCUUUCAAAGGUCACAAAUUCUCCCAGGCUAUUGAUCUGUAUACACAAGCUAUAGAACUCAAUGGCAAUAACGCUGUGUAUUGGGCAAACCGUGCAUUUGCUCACACAAAGCUGGAGGAAUAUGGCAGUGCCAUACAGGAUGCAUCAAAGGCCAUUGAAAUUGAUCCAAAAUACUCCAAGGGCUAUUACAGACGUGGUGCUGCUUAUCUUGCCAUGGGGAAGUUUAAGGAUGCCUUGAAGGAUUUCCAGCAAGUUAAGAGGAUUUCUCCUAAUGACCCUGAUGCGACAAGGAAGCUAAGAGAGUGCGAGAAAGCAGUGAAGAAACUGAAAUUUGAAGAAGCAAUCUCUGUACCCGUAUCUGAAAGGAUCUCCGUGGCUGAGUCCAUUGACUUCCACACAAUUGAGGUUGAACCACAAUAUUCUGGUGCUAGAAUCGAGGGAGAGGAAUUGACUUUGGACUUUGUGAAACAGAUGCUGGAAGAUUUCAAGAACCAAAAAACAUUGCAUAAACGGUAUGCAUAUCAGAUUGUAUUACAGACAAGGAAAAUCUUGCAAGCGCUGCCUUCUCUGGUUGAUAUCAGUGUACCUAAUGGCAAGCAUUUCACGGUCUGCGGUGAUGUUCAUGGUCAGGUAGGCUUUCAUUUCACCCACCCUACUUUACAUAAUUUCUUUCUCUCAAAUGAAUCUGAUAACAUGUACAAUCUUCAGUUCUCUUGACCAUUGACUACUAUACAUGUUUGAAAUUGCAAUAAACCCUGCAAAUACUAACUGUUUUUUGUUAUGGCUCUUUCUAUUUCCUUCUCAUGUUUUGAGUUUCGGCUACCUUUGUGUUGUAUUGAUUCUGCCAAACGAGGAGGAUAAGAGAGUCUUUGCGUGCCCUGCAUGUUUCCACGCCGGUGACGGGGUUAUAUUGAGACGAUUUGCAAUUUGAGACCAAAGAGAGAAGGAAAACUGACAUCCGAAGAAUAAUAAGUGAUCUCUGCUCUCUGAUCCAGAAUUACAAAGAAGGCAGAUGGGAGGUACUUGCAAAAAUAUCAGUUGACUGUAGACUAGCCAGUAGAGUAGGAAGAUGAGGUUUUUCCAUCAAUGCACUAUUCAUAGCUCAACGAGAGCUUCUGAACGAGCAGGGGGAAGAGACCAGCUUCCGGAGUGAUAGAAGAUCGGAAAGCUUGGCAUGUUCUGAGAUCUCUAAUCUUGUGGAGGGUCUGACAUUGAGGAAGUCCGAAGAUUACCAAAAGGCUCCAGUUAUCAUUCCAAAAUCUGCAGGAUCCAGAAGUUGGAAAGAUUGCUCGAGAGCACUUCCCUUUGAACCAAGCUACCCAGAUAGAGCCAGACCUGAAAAACAACAGCCAAAUAAGUUUCAAUGCACAAGCCUUAUUCCAGGUAGAGUAAAGGUGGCACACCAGAAGUUAGAGAUCCCAGCUAUCACUUUAAUGCAUUUGUACUUGUUUUAGCUCCUUGAGUACCAUUUAUCAGCGCUAGUUUACAUCUUCUGAAGCUGCAGCAUUUGGUGAA